GCGACAGCGGUGGCCGCCAUUUUUGAAGGCAUUUCUUCACAUGCAUCAAUAUUCGUGUGUUUUGAAAUAUUGCAAUAUAGCGUAAAAGGGACAUACUUAGCUAGAAAUGAAGCUGGCAGUAUACAAGGAAAUUCUGAAGCGGCUGCAGGGCAGGGAGCGUGAAGAAUUUACCGGAAUAGCCCAACACUACAGAGUUUCCUUACAUACAUUGAUGAGCAUCUAUUCUCAAGACUAUCAGAAGAAAAUGAAGAAAACCCAUCAGAGACAUCACUCUCUAGAAGCUAUUGAUGAUUAUUUCCAAAGGUAUCAAGCAAGGAUUUCACCAGACACAAUGGGCACUGUUCUCUUGAGAAUAGCAAAAGAGGUUGACCUGGCUCCCUCCCUGCUCGCCAAGAUCAUCCUGGAGCGACAUCUAGCACUGCAAGCUGCUGAGUCUGAACCACCUGCAAGAUCCUACGUGAACCAGCUGCUGAAGGAUCCCUGCCAGAUCCCGGAUCCUGUCCUCGCUAACGAAGUACAACAGUGUAUCCUGAAUGACUGUGUGUAUGGGCCUGUGGUGGACAGCAUACGGCACUCUGUAGGGUUUGAGUACGAGAACAAGUUGAAGAGGAUUCUGGAAGACAAGGGCAUCGCCUUUAUAGGUGAAGACGUGAUGCGAGCCAAGGGCUACGACAAGACCCCCGACUUCAAGCUGGAGGUGCCUAUAGCUGUUGACGGCCAUGUGGUGAACUGGGUGGAGAGUAAGGCGUCGUUUGGAGAUGAGUUCAGCCACAGGACCUAUCUGAGGGACCAGUUCUGGAGCUACUGGAACAGGUUUGGCCCAGGCCUGGUGAUCUACUGGUUCGGCUUUAUCGAUGAGCUGGAUGUGAACGCUGACAAGGGCAUCGUGCUGAUGGACCGCUUCCCUGACUCCUUCAGCACUCUGCAGGCGCUAAGUGACAGGGACAGAUAGCCGGGCGGAUUUACUCCACCAGGAUGUCUCCAGAAGCCAACCAUCCACGCUUGUUUUGGCACCAAAUGAAAACCCUAGAUUCUUUAGGCUUUCAUUCCUGAAAAUUAUUAUAUUAUGUGUAUAUAAAACAAAAUCUCAGUCUUACUGACUCUUAGAUGAAAAAAGCCACACGUGUUUUGGUACCAAAUGAAAACCCGACUGUAGUCCUAUUCUUUAGUCUACCAUUCCUGAAAACUAAUGUGUAUAUAAAACAAAGCAUUAUGGUCUUAGAUUAAAAUUAUAUAAACAUA